UCACUAGUCCACUGACAAAUUCUAAAAUUUCUCUCAAAUUUUAUCGGCUUCGUUAAAGAUUUUUGCAAUAAAAAGCUUUAUAAACUUUAUGAUUUGUAUUAAUAAAAGUAUAUUUUAGCAGUAUUCUUGAUCUAGCAAUAUUUAAAAAUGCCUUCUGAUGCCAAGAAACGUGAACAGCAGCGUAAGAAAGACGCUGCAAAGGCUAGACAAACGGGAAAAAAGCAACAGAAAGGUGAAGAGCAGAAUGAUAAAUCAACCACAAUAACUAAUGGGAGUCAAAAUGGUACAACGGAACUUAGUGUUGAAGAGGCACUUUGUGCAAAACUGGAAGCCGAUGCAAAACUAAAUGCCGAAGCAAGAGCAUGUACUGGUUCCCUUGCUGUGCAUCCAAAAUCGAGGGAUGUUAAAAUUGAAAAUUUUUCUAUUACUUUUCAUGGUUCUGAAAUGUUGCAAGAUGCUAUGCUUGAAUUGAAUUGUGGCAGAAGAUAUGGACUUAUCGGCUUGAACGGUUGUGGAAAAUCAACUCUUUUAGCUGUUCUUGGUAACAGAGAAGUUCCUAUACCGGAUCAUAUCGAUAUUUUCCAUUUGACAAGGGAAAUGCCGGCCUCCGAUAAAUCUGCUCUGCAGUGUGUUAUGGAAGUCGACGAGGAGAGGGUACGUCUCGAGAAGCUGGCCGAAUCUUUGGUAGCCUGUGAAGAUGAUGAGUCACAAGAACAACUUAUGGACAUUUAUGAUCGACUCGAUGAAAUCUCUGCGGAUACGGCCGAGGCCCGGGCCGCGAAUAUAUUGCACGGUUUAGGUUUUACAAAGGAAAUGCAACAAAAGAAAACUAGAGAUUUUAGUGGAGGAUGGAGAAUGCGUAUUGCCUUAGCUAGAGCCUUAUAUGUUAAGCCCCAUUUGCUGUUACUUGACGAGCCGACGAACCAUCUGGAUUUGGACGCAUGCGUAUGGCUUGAAGAGGAAUUGAAACACUAUAAAAGGAUUUUGGUGCUAAUAUCUCAUUCCCAGGACUUCUUAAAUGGUGUUUGUACUAACAUCAUUCACGUGGACAAGAAACGGCUUAAAUAUUACACCGGAAACUACGACGCUUUUGUCAGAACUCGAAUGGAAUUGUUGGAAAACCAGAUGAAACAGUAUAAUUGGGAGCAAGAUCAAAUCAACCAUAUGAAGAACUAUAUUGCCCGGUUUGGACAUGGUUCGGCAAAGUUAGCUAGACAAGCACAAUCUAAAGAAAAAACUCUCGCCAAAAUGGUCGCUCAAGGUUUAACAGAAAAAGUAGUCAGUGAUAAAAUUGUUACGUUUUAUUUUCCAAGCUGUGGUACCAUUCCACCUCCAGUUAUUAUGGUCCAGAAUGUUAGUUUUAGGUACAAUGACAGCACACCAUAUAUUUAUAAAAAUCUAGAAUUUGGAAUUGACUUAGAUACUAGGCUGGCUUUAGUAGGCCCCAACGGUGCGGGCAAAAGUACGUUGCUUAAAUUACUUUAUGGAGAUCUUCAUCCCACAGAAGGCAUGAUUAGGAAAAAUUCUCAUUUAAGGAUCGCUAGGUAUCACCAACAUUUGCACGAAUUAUUGGACUUGGACUUGUCUCCUUUGGAAUAUAUGAUGAAGUGCUUCCCAGAUGUCAAGGAAAAAGAGGAGAUGAGAAAAAUCAUUGGUCGAUAUGGGCUAACGGGAAGACAACAGGUCUGUCCUAUUCGUCAGUUGUCGGACGGACAAAGAUGUCGAGUGGUGUUUGCGUGGUUGGCUUGGCAAGCUCCCCAUUUACUGCUACUUGACGAACCCACUAAUCAUUUAGAUAUGGAGACUAUCGAUGCUUUGGCCGAGGCUGUAAAUGACUUUGAAGGAGGACUGGUACUCGUCAGUCACGACUUUAGGCUUAUUAGUCAGGUUGCAGAGGAAAUUUGGGUAUGUGAGAAAGGAACUGUGACUAAAUGGAAAGGAGAUAUCUUAUCAUACAAGGAGCACUUGAAAAGCAAAGUUUUAAAGGAAAAUGAGAAAAAUGCUAAAAAAUAAUUUAUUGCACCAUACAAAAACGGCAAUUUCUCUAGACCUAACAUGAAAUGUCCAUACACCAUUUUAAGAAAAGAAAAAUCCAUUUUAUAACUAAUUUAUUUUGCUUUUUAAUAAAUAAAUGGUGUUCAUAUUUA